CACCAUCCCAGAAUUCAUAGUAGGUUAUGCGGAGGAGGAAAAUGAAGUCGGCCAUGUCGUGGUAGUAACUCGAGGGGAGAACGAACGAGUAAGGUUGUUAUCACCAAGACAGCUCUAGAAAGGAGAAAAGUGGAAUAUUAUCUUCAACUUUAAAGGCGGGACACGUUUUUCUGCAGAAGAACUUUUUCUUUGCCAGUUUAGGAGUCCCACAGCAUUAAAAAAACACCAUGAGUGGAGGGACGCCUUACAUCGGCAGCAAAAUUAGCCUGAUCUCGAAGGCCGAAAUCCGAUAUGAAGGGAUUUUGUACACCAUUGACACCGAAAAUUCGACUGUUGCACUUGCAAAGGUUCGUUCAUUUGGCACUGAGGAUCGCCCCACAGAGAGGCCCAUCCCACCCCGAGAUGAAGUCUUUGAGUACAUCAUCUUCAGGGGCAGUGACAUCAAAGACCUUACGGUGUGUGAGCCCCCCAAACCACCCGGGUCACUGCCUCAGGAUCCUGCCAUUGUUCAGUCCUCUCUGGGAACUGCCUCUGCUGCGGCACCAUCAUUCCAGUCCUAUGCCCCCUUCAGCCGGCCCCAGGUGCCCGCCUACAGCCAGUUUAGCGCCAGCCCUCUGACUUCCCAGCCUUUUGGAAACAUCACUGCAGGCCGUAGCAGCCCUUCUCUGGACCCUCUGAGAAAGAGCCCCUCUCUGGACCAGGGCGUGCAGACGGCCCCCUUGGCAGCCCCUGCACCCCCGGUGCCUGUGGGUCAGAGGAGCCCGGCCCGGCCCAGUGCCACAGUCACUGGCAGCCAGAAGCCUGGCGAGGCUUUGGACCAGCGUAGAGCUGCGGAUGCACAGAAGAUUCAGCGACCUGGCCCCGAUCAAGGCAGGAUCGACAACCAAGAUCCUAACAAACGUCAGUCUGCACCUUUAGCUGGACCCCCAGCCAAUCGCAGGGGUCGUGGUGGGGGUCACCGUGGCCGUGGGCGUUUCUCUGUGCGCCGGGAUGGCCCCAUGAAGUUUGAGAAGGACUUUGACUUUGAGAGCGCCAACGCUCAGUUCAACAAGGAGGAGAUCGACCGCGAGUUUCAGAGCAAACUCAAGCUGAAAGAUGAGAAGCCUGAGAAGCCGGAGAAGGCUCUUAACGGGGAGGAUAAGGGCGACUCUGGUGUGGAGACCCAGAACAGCGAGGGCAAUGCUGAGGAAGAAGCGGAAAGCCUGGCACCCAACUGCUACUACGACAAGUCCAAGUCCUUCUUCGACAACAUCUCCUGCGACGACACCAGGAAAGCUCAGGAAAAGGCGUUCCCACGUGAGCGCAGGCAGACCUGGGCGGAGGAGAGGAGGAUGAACGCAGAGACCUUCGGUAUCCCCCUGCGCCACGGUCGUGGGCGCGGCGGGUACAGAGGCCGAGGGGGCAUGGGCGGGUUCCGCGGGGGCAGAGGGCGUUCGGCCAGCCGGGGCUCGUUUGGACCCCCCCGUGGGGCAGGCGGCGGUGGCGGAUACAGGGGAGGAUUCCGAGGUGGACGUGGUGGAAGGGAGUUCUCUGACUACGAGUACAGGAAGGAUAACAAAGUGGCCGCGUAGUGCAGUCGGUCGAAGCUGAGGGAGUCUGCAGGAGACGCGUAGCUCUUACUGGUCCAGAAAUGUGCUUUGUUCCCAGCCCCGACCCAGACCCCCGACCCAAUACCGAAUGAAGAUGUACUUUAGUGUGUAUUUGACACCAGCACAGCGCGCCAUCAGCAGGUGUUCACGCAGCCUCUUUCAGUUCCCUUUUUUAAGAAACCAACAAAACCGUACAAAACGAAUCUGAUGAUCUUUCUUUGAUACAGUAUACUCACUGGGGGAGGAGAGCUUGUCUGUAAAUACCCUACUUAAACGUGGAAUUAUUCAGUAUUUUUGCAUCAAUAUUUGAGUUCCUUUCUUACUAAAAGGUAUUUGAUAAUGUUUCUGUUAGUUGUAAAGAUGUAUGCAGAAGCCCGCAGAUACUGUGAUGAGUGCUGAUUAUCACUGAAAUAGCUUUAUUUUUUUGGGGAUAUAUCCUUUAAUGUACCUUUUAGAAGCACCAAAACUCUGUACAUAGCCUAUUGGGUCACACUUCACAGCUUCUCUCCGUUGUCUAUCUUUGCUCACAUAUCUCCAUAGGCAAUAUAUAUAUUUUUUUUUUUAUUGCUGUUUUUUUUUUCAACAGUCUACACCCUUUUAGUGAUGCGGAACAGGGGCAUAAAUCGUGGUGUGGGUGUGACAUUUACCCAGAAGGUUUUUCUGGAGUGGCAGCAGGAUCCAGGGUUUGGUUGAUAGAACCACCUCUAGUUGUUUUUUGAAGCCAACCCUUCUGUCUUAAGCCAGUAAUACAUUUCUACCACCUCCCCACCAAUACUACCAGUCCCAAACAUCUAGUACACAUUGGGCUUAAGUCAGAUUUGCGAUCAACCUUGACAAACAUCCCUCUUUAAAGUAUGUCAAGUGAUUAACUGAAUGUAUAGACGCCGGUGGACUUUUGUUUACUUUUUUGUCUUUGUCUUUCUGCAAAGUAAUUCUUUGGAAAUUCUUUUUUUUUUUUUUUCUCCAAAUUUAAUUUGAAUAGCCUGCAUUGCUUUCUUCCUCGCUCAGUAGAUCACACAGGGUGCAUAGCUUCCUGCUGGAACAGACUUGCUUCGUCCCCCCCCCCCCCCCCCCCCCCCCCCCCAAGAAAGCGGUGACAGUCUGAAUUUCCUCCAACUUUUUUCUUUUUUCUCUCUCUCUCUCUUCAAUUUGAGUGCCAGUGACUGUUGCCUUUGCUAUGGAUAAUGUAGGCGCAAUGUCUGUUCCAGUCUCAAGAGGGCUUUUUGAUAAACCAGUCUAAAGCGGAAUAGUCCUUCAGCUCAUCCAGCUGCAGCUGUCACUCUUGUAUGCGUCAUGAGCCACUAGAACUUCACAUAGGAAUCAGUAAGAUCAGUGCUCCUAGUGAUCUUCGACUUUAUCCACUUUUUUUUCAGGGACAAACCCAUAGAAUUAGCCAACCCUUUAAGAACAAGAUUGGACUCUGAGAAAAUGUAUCCAGUUGCACUUUAAGGAUGAAUAUGUGUAGGAUUACCGAGUCAUAUUUUAACCAGUUUAACUAAAAACCUUAAUGUUUAUGUACAUACCAGUUCUUGCUGUAGAUUAUUUUGAUACCAGAUUGACCCUGUGCGUUGGCCCAUAAUUUGUUGGAGCAUGCAGGCGAGAGUCAGAGAGGUGCUACACUGAUGGUAGCAUUCAGAUGUUCUUUUGGAUACAUAAAUAGCUGUAUAACAUGUUGGUGUAAAUGUUAAGGUUGACAUAUUUCAUUUUAUUUGGCAGACAAAGGCUUAGCCAGUUGGUCUGCUUGCUUCUCUGCAUUUUGACCCCCUCUGGGAUAAACAUGGGGGGGCUUUGACACCGGACGGAAGAGGGGGAGGCAGCGAAAUGUUGGCUGUCCCAUAUGGGAGGAAACAUUCAUUUAGUGGGACGUUAGCUAAGUCGCUGAAUGAGUUGACUGGGGUGUGAAUUCAGUCUUGACUCAUCUCCUACCAACCAACAGUCAAUUGAUGCUCAUUGUGUGAGUCCUUUUUGUAACUGGUCCUUUGAAAUGAAAAUGUACUUACCUACUGAAGAUUUGGACACAUAUUGGUUCUAAGAUGUUGGUGAAAGCUGGAGACCUCGUGGCAUGAUGAAUUCAGGCCUUUUGUCACAUCUUUUUAUGGCAAAGUGAAUAAUUUUUGUAGUGAUUUAUUUCAUUACUUUUUUUUUUAGCGUUCCAAGAGUUUAGUUUGUAUAACCAUAUCCUCUCACCAGUAAUAGCACUGUCAGUCAUCCAGCACAGGGCGGGAGAAGUGUUUGUCUAGAAAUAGCUGCUCCUAGUAAAAAUUGGUCAAGUCAGUGUCAUCAUAUAAACAAAUGAAAUUUACGGGAUCCAAAGACUGGACAGAGGUGCAGGGAGGGAGGGAGGGAGGGAGGGAGGGGUAGAGGGGGAGGGUGGUGGGUCUAGAUUAAUUAAAUGUGUUCCAGUUGUUCUUGUUCUCAGUACGCUUAUGGAGGGUGUUUUGGUUACUGUUGUGGCUGUUUCAGUAUAUAAGACGUACCUAUAACUAUUUACAGUAUACUCUCUUUUUUUUGGAACUUAAUUUAAAAAGAGCACUACAAAACGCGUACAGCAUAGUAGCAGAAUGCUAGGGCAGCUAGUAACCUUGCACAGUCCCACGUGCUGUUUUGAACCGGUCGCUGUAGUGAUCACUUGGAAGAAGCUGCAUGAGCGCAAUGCCUUGUGAUAAAGCCACAAAGGAAAAAAAACAAAAUCAUGACACUGAACAACUUGGACACACCAGGGCCAACAAAAGGAGAUUUGGGGAAGGGGUCAUCCUGGAUGGUUUUUUGCAAUAAUAGACACAUUGUUGUACGAUCCCCAGUGCAUAUUUUUAAAAGUUUCAAGUGUACAUAUUUCCAAAGUGUUUUGCUGUGAGGGUUUAACUGUAUGGAGCCCCUCAGACCUCUGAAAGAAAUUGGCCAACAUUUUGUUUCUUCAGGAAAUUGUACAGCAUGGUGUACUACUUGCCUCAGCUGUCUGGAAGUUUAAUUCGAAGAUGGGAAUAAACAGUUGUUCAAUA